AUUCAACUGAGGUGGACGGAACCCUUAACGUAGUAUCAGGUGUGGAAUGGAAGGACGAUCUAAAAGAUAAGAGUUCUACUUACUUCAAAAACGUGUCAUCUGUAGUUGCAAUUGAGGUAUACUUGCCGUUUUAUUUUCUAUGAAUGAAAGACUGACAAAAUCUUAUGCAUAAUACUCUGCAUAUUACCCUGUCGCUAAUUAUUAAAUCCCAGUUGUUAUCCCCUUAUAUUGUCAACCAAUAACCUACCAUGAAUGAGGCAAAAGCCGGAUGCCUGCACUAGUAUUUAGUUAAAUGAAUGCGCAGAUUUCUUUUUUUAACAAGGUGCGUUUGUGGCCUUUUCUUCUAAGAAAUAAAUUACUUGUAUUUUUAUAGAUCAACGAAAUCUAUGCUAACGAAAAGGAUUUUGUAUACGUUUUUGUUACAGGUUUUCGGUAUGUUGAAAUUUUUUAAUAUUUGAAAGUUACAAAGAAUAAUACACAAUAGCGAGUAAAAUCGUAGAAAGAAAUAUAUAGCUACAGUUGCAUGUAUAGUGUAGGCCUUUAGAGACAGAACGAAAAUUGCAAACUUGAUGGCAUGCACUUAAUUAUUCCACUAACAUGCAUUAUAUAUUUAGUCUAAGCAAGAAUAAGGUGGUGGUGGAAUUUAAGCUUGUUUGGCGAAAAAAGAUCAGUAAUCCUCUGGAAAGACUACAGAGCGAAACAAAAGAUGGAAAACUGGGAAAACUAGGAAUUGAGAAAAACAGCGUAAAAGAAAAAAGUUAGUUAUAUACAGUAUUAUUAAUGCCACAUGGCGCAUAACUAUUAUAUAUUUGAUUAGUUAAUCAUGAUUUAUUAAAUGUAUUAUUUUUACCCUAUCAUGAAUAAGCAAACCGCAUUUAACGAGCAAGCAGGGCCACCAGAGGGGGACAAAAAGGGACAAUUUGCCUCGGGCUUCCAAUUAAAAAAGGUAUUUCACUAUGGGGCGUGUCUUUGGGGUAUGUCUUUUUGGGUAACUUAUAGAAAACACAGGUCACCAUUUUGUAACUAUAUAAAACGAGUUUAACAGUAACAGUUUUAGUUUAUUUGUACAUUUCUGUUCCUAUAGUUUAAAUACCAGAUAAUUUGCCCACCAGCUAGACUUAGCGUCAUAAGAAAAUAUGAUUUAAUAUGUUCACAUGCCAUGCGACAUGAUGAGAUUUUACCAAAUAAUUUUUGCUUAAUUAAGGUAGGAUUUGGUAAAAUUUAUCACUUUAAUUUUCAUUUUAGCACCACCAACCGUAUCUUCCAACGAUACAUCAUAUUUUGGACUUCACAAAGCCGUUUUUAUCGUCGUGGUGUGUUUGGUGUCGCUCCUAGCGCCACGAAUUUUGUCCGAAUAA